CUACUUUAGUCAGACUUUUGUUCCUUCCUCAACCUUUGGGCAAUAAAAAUUUGUUGCAUAAAUUAUUACUUAAUCUUUGUGAAAAUAGCAAAACACGUGGUGAAUUAAUUUCAAUGUUAUUAUCCGUUCUUUUCGAUGGUAGCGGAGAUGUUACUGCAGUCGAUAAAAGUUUUGCUCAAAUGUCUUUAAAGGGCAAGGGAACGCUUAAAGGGACACCAAGAAGGCAAUCAAGUCUUCCAAAUUCGUCAUUAGCACAAAUAACACAAGCUGCCGGUGAAAAUGUACCAAAUUUAAUUGCACAACGAUGUUUAGAAGCGUUAACAUACAUUGUAACAUACAACGAAGCUUCUGUUACGUAUUUCUUGAUGGAGCAUGACAAUAACAUUGGUCUUAAGAGAUCUAAUAGCAGAAAAGGUAAAGAGAAACAAGCAAAGGCGUUAAGCAAAUAUCCUGUAGUGAUAUUACUAAGUCUACUCGAUCGUCAGGUGUUUAUUAAAAAUACUGCAUUAAUGGAUCAGUUAAUGCAUUUACUUUCGUUCGUUUUGCGACCUUUAUCUACAUUGACAAAGACAGAUUCUAACAAUGCUGAUGGAGAUUCUGUUCAGGCUUCGGAAACGAAUAAUGAUCCACCACAAAAUAACAACAAUGUAACCUCCGAAACUAAUAAUAACACAACUUCAGGAGCUUCUGCAAAUGAAGAUUCUCGAAAUCCAGCGACAGCUUCUUCUUCGACAUCAUUAGAACCAGCUCAACCUGUUCCAAAACCUCCAGUUAUACCUGAUUAUUGUUUGCGUUUGGUAGUUAACGUUCUUACUGCAGGUGAAUGUACAAGUAACACAUUUAAAUAUACACUGACAGUUAUUCAACAUCUUUCAACCUUAAAUGGAGCUCGUGAUGUUAUUACAUCGGAAUUAGUUGACCGAGCUCAAUCGCUUGGGAAUGAUAUACUUGAUGAUCUGGAUGAGUUGGCCCAAAUUUUGCAAAAGGCAGACACUGGAGUAGAUGUACAGGGUGUCACCUUGGCCAAAUUUUCACCAUCAUCAUCACAACAGGCAAAAUUGUUACGUGUUCUCAAGACAAUCGAUUAUAUGUAUUCUCGCAAGCAACAAUCAACAACUACUACUUCAACAAACGCUCAAGUAUCAUUAGCCCCUACGGUAGAUCCGGACGAAGUUGAUGUUGUGGCGCCAAGAACAUUGUUGGAUGGUGGUAGAGGUUCUAAACUGACCGAAGAUGAAGAAAAGGUUAUGAGAAUUUAUGAUAGUCUUAAAUUUACCGAACUUUGGAAAAAACUCGGAAAAUGUUUGACUACUAUACAUGAAAAACCUGAUAUGAUUCAUGUGGCAACUGUUCUUUUGCCACUCAUAGAGUCGCUUAUGGUUGUAUGUAAAUAUGUAGGAAUGGCACCUUCUACUGCUCAAAAAAUAACGUCACCCGAACCACAAUCAUCAUCUUCCGAAAGCAUGGAAGAACUAUUCUUUACGUUUACCGAAGAUCAUCGAAAGAUUCUUAAUACGAUGGUCCGAAAUAAUCCAUCAUUAAUGAGUGGAUCAUUUUCAUUACUUGUACAUAAUCCAAAGAUUCUUGAAUUCGACAACAAACGAAACUAUUUUAACCAACAACUUCACAAACGAACAAAUGGUCGUGAUCAUUAUGGUACUUUACAACUCAACGUUCGUAGGCAGUAUGUAUUUGAAGAUUCCUACCAAAACUUGCAAAGAAGAACGGGAGACGAAAUUAAAUAUGGUAAACUUAGUGUUCGUUUCUAUGAGGAAGAAGGUGUAGAUGCCGGUGGAGUGACAAGAGAAUGGUUCCAAGUUCUUGCCAGACAAAUGUUUGACGAGAAUUACGCACUGUUUAAGACUUCAGCAGCAGAUAGAUUAACCUAUCAGCCAAAUAGAGCAUCAGAUGCAAAUCCAGAACAUUUAUCAUUCUUUAAGUUUGUUGGUCGUGUCAUUGGUAAAGCAAUUUAUGACGGCAGACUUUUAGACGCAUACUUUACUCGUUCAUUCUAUAAACAUAUUCUUGGAAAACCUGUUGAUUAUCGAGACGUCGAAGCUAUUGAUUUAGAAUAUUACAAUAGUCUUGUAUGGAUGUUAAAUAAUGAUAUAACAAAUGUUGUUGACUUAACAUUUAGCGUAGUAACUAACGAUUUUGGUCAAGAGAAAAUUAUUGAUUUGAAGCCUAAUGGCAGUAAUAUUACGGUGACAGAUGAAAAUAAGCGAGAAUAUGUUAUGCUUGUUACAGAACAAAGACUUACAUUGGCGAUUAAAGAUCAAAUAGAGCAUUUCCUUGCUGGCUUCCAUGAAAUUAUUCCUGCACAUUUGAUCAGUAUAUUUAAUGAGCAAGAACUAGAACUUCUUAUAUCAGGAAUGCCAGAUAUUGAUAUUGAUGAUUGGAAAAAUAACACAGAGUAUCAGAACUACACAUCAUCGUCGCCUCAAAUACAAUGGUUCUGGAGAGCUGUACGGAGCUUUAGUCAAGAAGAGAGGGCAAAACUCUUACAAUUCGUUACUGGUACAUCCAAGGUACCAUUAGAAGGCUUCUCUGCAUUACAGGGUGUUCAUGGAGUUCAAAAAUUCCAGAUUCAUAAAGAUUUCUCAAGCCCAGACCGUCUUCCUUCUGCUCACACAUGCUUUAAUCAAUUGGAUAUUCCCGAAUAUGAAGAUUACGAGCAGUUAAGGUCGCAGUUAUUGUUAGCAAUUUCGGAAGGAACAACAGGAUUUGGAUUCCAGUAA